AUGGAGAACAGCGUGUAUCUGCUACUUGAAUUGAUCAUAGAAAUUCUGUUAAGGUUACCGGGGAAGGCUCUGUUACGUUUCAGAAGUGUCUGCAAAUCAUGGUUUUCUCUAAUUUCUAAUAACAAUUUUGCUACUUCACAUUUUGAACAUGCUGCCACACAUAGGCGUCUCUUCAUAAAACCUUUUGCUCUUCAACCUUUAUCCAUAGAUUUUGAUUCAUGGUUUCACGAUGCUUCUGCAUAUGCUUCAUUAACCCUUGAUUUUUUUCGUCCCAAACGUCCUCUUGAAAUAAGAGGUUGCUGUAGAGGGUUUUUGUUUUUGCUUGAUGACAAACACAUCUAUCUAUUGAAUCCAUCCACCGGUUUGAUCAAACAAAUACCCAACUCUCCUAUAAUACUUAAUGCUGGUUUCGAACUUCUUUCUGGUUUUGUAUAUUACCAGCCCACUGAUGAUUACAUGAUAGUUUCCGGGUUCUGCGAAUUUUUUCCUAAUGAUCCAGCAACUAGUUCAGUUAAAUUGAUGAUUUUCUCAUUGAGAGCUAAUAAAUGGAAACCAAUUGAGGUUGCUUCUCAUUUGCCUUAUGAGGAGACUUCUUUAGCGGAAUGUAACCCUAAAUGCGGGUUGUUCUUGAAUGGAUCUAUCCAUUGGAUGGUUCAUAAUUAUGAGAAAUCAAAGAAUGUUAUUAUUGCCUUUGAUUUAAAGGAAUUGAAGAUAUCAGAGGUACCUCUACCGGAUGAUUUUAUUUUCAGUUAUAGUAAUGAUUCUAUAUAUUAUGAUUUGUUGGAAGUUGGAGGACUUAUGAGUGUAUGGGUGAAGGACCUGAAUACAGUGUAG